CAGAUGUCCAUUCCAUUGAAGGGGUGUCGAUUUUCUGUAUACAUGUCGGUAAAUAAGGCUCUCUCACUUUACUCCUAUUUUCUAAAAGGGACAUUUUUCGUCAGAUUUUUUUUUUGUUAGCUCUCCACUGAUCCAAGGAAGUCUUCACAUGGUAUGCGUCUCCAUUGAAGUGUCGACAAGCCAAGCACGCAUCUGCUUGGAACUUCACAGAUAUAGGCUACCUACUUAUACCUAUAUACUUGACGUUAGGAGACACAAGGAUAUUUAGAAGUGAUACGUGAAAAAUACCUAUAACAUGUACAGACGUUAGCCUGAACUGGAACACCUAGUAUUUACUCUAAAAAGACUAGCAGUGUAUAUAUUGUUACGCUGUGAAGCUAUGACUAAAGAGCAAAUAGUCUCCGGCUUCACUCGCCUGUCGGUACACGGGCGGGGAGAGAUAUAAAUUGAAGUAAAAACACGAAUUGUUUCAACUGUGAUCCGUGGCCGGAGUAACUAUGUAGUCCCGUGUAUUUCGUUGGAGGGUAGAGUCUAGUGAAUGGAAACAAUACCGGUGGUACGGAUUUUUAUACUUGUGCACCGGUUGACAAAAUACCAUUGGAUCCCGAUAAAUAAUUUGGACCAAUCACUGAAGUAGGGUCGUGUAUUUUUUUUACACAGCACACGAGGGUUGUGUGAUGGUGGUGAAGUAUUUAAUCCACAGUACCAAACAGGAUCUAUGUGUUUUCUGUGGAGAUUGACAACAAAAUGAAUACAUCGAAAUAUGUUUCAGCUCGUGAUAUUGGCAUGUUGAUAUUUAAGAGAGUUUGUCCAUUGACUUUCAGUGUUUACACAUGUCAAACCUGGAAGGGAUGAGAGAAAUCGGCAGACCAUGCGUGAUGUUAUGAUAGUUCUAUUACUAUCUGGAGAAACAAUUCAACUGUUUCACGUAACAAGUAACGUGUCCAUGGACCGAAUUUAUAGAUAGCGGCUUUGUAUUAAAACAUAACCUUUUUAGAUCGUCUGUUGGAAUUUGUCACUUGACAGAGCGUAUCGAACACGCCGAUAUUUCUAGACAUGUGCCGUGAGUCGAACUCGCCGAUUUUUCACACUGGACAUCUUUUGAUAUAAAGUGUUUUAGAUUUAUAUUGACUUGUGGAAAUGUUUACAUAAAUCACCUCAUGUUUGGAAACUAUUUAAAUCUGCUUUACCCUCAGAAUGCAACAUCGAUACUAAACAUCUGCUCGCGAAGCACAUGCAAACACGUGCAGUUAUAGAUACGGAAUAUAUGCACGUGUUUUCUUUUAACUUCACCAUUGUUUCCCAGAGAGAGAGAGAGAGAAAACGCAAACACUCAUUGGUUGUUUGGAUUUUUUAAACAAAAAUUGAUACAAAAUUUGAGAGAUCCCUGUAGUCACGAUAGACUGUUGACAGCUCUACAUAUGCAAGGUGUACGAUCGCCACUUUGAGCAUUUUUUACCUUUGUAUAGCCUCGAGUUCCAAUUAGCUGGAACGGUGUCAGAAGUUACCGUCGACCGACAGGGUAAUCAACGGUGUCAUUAAGAUGUCAUACACAGAUUUAAUUCACCGUUGGAAUUUACCACAAUCUUAAAAUCAAAAUAUUCUUCAACUUAACUAAAACAAUCUAAACGUUUGGUUCUGACUUCAGAUUAUAUACGCAUAAUUAAAAGAAAUAUAAGAGAUCACCUUACUUGUGGUCGGAAGAAAGAAACAAUUCAUCAAUGUUAUCGAUUAAUAUAAUUAUCGUAAGAUAGGUAAACAAUACCCGGAUGUUGAAUAAGACUUUAAGUCUACGGGAGUUACUAUGUGUACAAAUACAUACAACGAUGAUUCAACGUCUACAACGAAAUCGACGAUCGUGUAUCUAUUGUGGGGAAUUUUAUACCUAACUGUGAUGAAAACACCUUUGGUCGACGCUCAACUAACAGGAAGUAUACAGAAGUGUGUUAAUGAAGGCGAGUCUGUAUUCAUCCCACAAAUCUCGGACAAUCCGUGCAUCACGUGCUUCUGUCGGGAGGGGGCCGUUGAAUGUAGACGUGAGAAAUGUCAGAGUUUGGAAGGCUGCUAUAUGAUCUUGUAUGAUUAUCUCCUAAGCGGUCACCGGAAGUGUUGCGAAGUAUGUAAAGGUUGCACCGUGGAUGGAGAAUAUUACGGAAGUAAUUCUAUAUGGACGGAUAAAUCUGAUCCAUGUAUCACAUACUCUUGCAAGGCGGGGGUCGCCACCAGGACAACCACCAAGUGUUACGCGCCAUGCGCAAAUCCAGUUCCGGUUCCGGGUCAGUGCUGCCCCGUAUGUAAAAGUUGUCAAUAUAAUGGGAACACUUAUAAUGAAGGUGAUGUGUUUCCGCUCUCGACAGACCUGUGCACCAAGUGCUCGUGUACGAAUGGAACAGUCAGCUGUGAGAAGGAGACCUGUCCGGUUUUAAAUUGUCCAAAGAACGUAAUAUGGCAGCCUCCAGGUUCCUGUUGCAAACUUUGCAAAGGUCAAAGAAGGAUAUUCAAUCUCCCCGGUGGAAAAUGUUUCUUUCAAAAUAAAAUCUACAAAACCGGAGAGACGUUCCGACCUGGCAACUGCACAAGCUGUCUAUGUGUGGACGGAACGUCUAUAUGUGAUCGCGAGACAUGUCCGCCACUUCCUUGCCCCUUAGAGAAAACUGUUCAGAGGGAAAACUCGUGUUGUCGCGUUUGUCCCGAGAAACAGACAUGUGACUACAAGAAUAAAACGUACAUGCAUGAACAACAAUGGCGACCAAACGUUUGUACUAAGUGUUCAUGUGACGACGGUUCAACAAGAUGUCACGUGCAAAAUUGUCGGAACACGGUCUGGUGUCCAGCGGGCUACCGAUUACAGUAUAUUGAUGGUGAAUGUUGCCCGAGAUGUACCGAAGCUAAAGGAGUGUGUACCGUGUUUGGUGAUCCUCAUUAUAGAACUUUUGAUGGACGGAUAUAUAAUUUCCAAGGGCCGUGCAAAUAUCUUCUGGCGGAAGACAUAGUGACUAAAUCGUUUUCAAUACGCGUGCGCAAUGAUGCGCGCACAUCACCUUGGUUCACGUGGACAAGAAUGGUGACAGUGUUUCUAGGAAAUGUGAAAAUAGGACUUCAUCAAAAAAUGAAUGUGAAAGUAAAUAGGAAGCGUGUCAAGCUUCCUUACACAAAUCACGCUGAAUUCUCGGUCGUACGAGACGGUCAGUCUGUCAAGGUCAUGACCGCUAUUGGACUUAAGAUAAUCUGGGAUGGUGAUAGUUUUGUAGAAGUGACGAUACCUAGUCGUUAUAAACAGAAGAUGAGAGGUCUGUGUGGGAACUAUAACGGUAUCAGCUCGGACGACUUGAAGGGGAAGGAUGACAUCUUGUAUCAUGAUGGAGAAAACUUCGGUAACACAUGGCGUGUUGGAAGUAAAGCUGCAUGUACAAUUAAGGAAAAUGUUCAAAAAACAGAACCGCCUUGUAAAUCCGACAGUUCUAAGAGAAAACGUGCCAAAAGGGAAUGUAGCCAUCUUUUAGCAAGCGUGUUUUCCAGAUGUAGGCGCUUAAUAGACGUGAGACAGUACUACAGAUCAUGUAUAGCGGAUAUGUGUGAGUGUCCGGAUAACAAACAGUGCGCGUGCGAAGCUGUGAAAGCAUACGCACACAGGUGUAUCAACGAAGGCAUACAGAUAAUGUGGAAUGAUCAGCGAUUCUGCCCAGAACACUGCCCGGAGGGUGCUACGUAUAGACAAUGUACGAAACGCUGUUUGCGCUCGUGCGAUGAACGUGACCAGAAAGCAUUAUGUAAAACAAAGUGUUCCCCGGGAUGUGUGUGUCCCGGGAACAGAGUACUACGUAACAAUAAAUGUAUAAAACCCAGACAGUGUCCGAAACGGUGAUGACGUAAUGUAUUAGAUAUUGAUGACGUCACGUUUUAAAGGAUUGAUGACGACACGAGUUUGGAUAUCAAUCUGGUCCGUCCAUUUCACGGCAUUGCAUGAGAUCUUCCUUGAACGGAGAUACAUUGUAUGUGCUUAAAUCGACGGAAGUGACGCAAUAUGCUGCACGUGUGUUGCUGUUAGUGACGCAACACUGCGACGUUGUUUUCAGACAAAUCGUCAUGGAGUCGUCCAGUGAAAAGUGAUUAUAUACAUACAAUUAUGCACGUGAUUUCUGUUUGCUGAACCGAAACGAGAAACACGUGCAGAAACUAUCGCUUGGGAUUGGUAAACUAUCAGACAGAACCUCCUGAAGGCAUUGUGUAUGUCUUGUCAGAGCACCAGUUCGUAUUUUUCUAUUUUGAAGGUACUUUUAUCAUGACAACUAUAGGCGUACUUCUACUGUGUGUAAAUGAUGAUGCUGCUGAUGAUGAUGAUUAUGAUUAUGAUGAUGAUUAUGAUUAUGAUGAAGAUGAUGAUGAUGAUGAUGAUGAUGAUGAUGAUGAUGAUUAUGACGCCAAAAUCUACUUCUCACGACUUGAUCAGUAAUUUAACAGACCCUAGAUAAUAUGUUAUAAAAGAAAGAUUUGUCAGUAACAAGCACAGGGACUUGGUUAACAUUCCAUACAGCCGUCUAUAUAUGUAAAAUAUAUAGACAAUGGACUGAAAGUUUGUGCUAAGUCCCUAUGACUGCAAGCUAAAACAGCACUAUAUGACAAAAUACUCAUUACAUGUCUAUAUAGCAUUAUUACUUGUAAAGAUUCUUGUUAACAUUGUUUGUUUAUGUUUUACUCUAUUUGAUUAUCCUUCAGAUAAUAAUCCGUCUCGAUUAAUUUGAAAUAAUUUAAAUUACGAUUUUAUUUAUUUUUGAUAAUAUUGAUUCGCUGAUUUUAAAAUUUGAAAUAAUUUAAAUUACGAUUUUA